UGAAGGAGACAUCACUAACGCUAACAGCUACUUCCUCAAACAUUCCCUAUGGCCUGCCGUCCUCUACACAGCGGUUCUCAUGGUUUCGGGAACCGUCGGGAACAUCCUGGUCCUGAUUGUCUACAGGCACCAGUACAAGAGGAGCGUGACCCGGAUGUUUAUCUUCAUGCUGGCUGCCCUUGACAUUGGCAACUGUUUGAUCACCAUGCCAACGGAGCUCCUGAUUCUAACGAACUACGCGUCGUUUCCGUCUCCGGUCUGGUGUAAGAUAACGCGGUACCUGACCUACAUCUUUAACGGUGCCAGCUCUAUCAUACUCAUCACGAUAGCCUUGGACAGAUAUUUCAAGGUGUGUAAGCCAACUAAAGUCGGUAUCAACAUCAGAAGGGCUCGGAUGGUUUGUUUCGGUUCCUUCAUAUUCACCGCGAUCUUCUGUAUACCUGCUCUCAUCAUAUACGGCGACAUGGCAUUCCCGAUACAAAUAUCCGAGGAUAAGGUAUCGAUACUGCCACUCAGUGCUUUGCAAAACCUAACCGUUUUUGAAACAGGUAUUGGACAGUUGGGAAGCGAUUCUGUAACUCAAAGUACUCGUCUGAUAGUUCUAGGUCACUUCUGCCUGCUGAGCACGAGGUACAUUGAUGGUAAUCUACCGAAGGUGUUCUACGCUGCCAUGCUCUCCUUGUACGCCACUAUGAUCUUCUUCGUCGUUUUCUUCUACAGUCGCGUCGCGCGCGCCAUGUUUGUUCUGACCCGGAAGCACUCUCGCAUGUUUACCUUCUACAUGGGCAGGGAAGACUCCGCCCCCAACUCAGCGCUUCCGGAAGAAUUGUCCGUCAAGUACAAUCGCCAAGGAUCAAAUGUCAUCAUACAAGAGGUCAGCACAUUCGAUGAGGAUGGACCUUUCAGACCUGAUGGAUCUUAUUGGAGGCCGGAGUCUAAUCUAGAGGUCGAUGACCUCGAUGCUAAGGUCCAUGAUGAAAAUAAACCUAACGAUGACACCGCGAGCAAUAACGAACUGAACCGGACUUUCGAUGAUUUCACCAUGAAAAACAAACAUCGGUACAGCUCGCACGAGCAACACACAAACAUCACGAACAACGAAAACGGGGAUGUUCAACCGGGCGGUAAACAAGCCCCAAACGGAGGUCUUAUCUCCCCUGUUACACAAUCCAAUCAGAACAGCGGUCAACACCAGCAGGACAAAGACUCACCAUCUCCAACAAAAAUCAAACCGAAACCGAAAUCCGGAAAAAUUCCUAAAAUUAAAGUCCAGGACUUAAGUCAACUCCCAGGGCUCAUCCACGCGUCAUCGACGCGAAGCACGGAGUCGAACGACUCCCCGUAUUCCAGCAACAGCCUGCUUCUGCGACGCUUCAAGAGCGCCGAAAGCGUCAACGCUUUAACCCACCUGCACAAGCUCCACGUACCAGACCAGCGCAAGAUCGUGCCGGUGUUUCCUGACGCCUACGAAGUCCGUCUUCCCAAGGUCAGUAACCGGAAACAGAGGCGGGACAACAACGCAUGCGUGGGACAAGUGACGAAAAGCUGCGUGAACAUUGAUUACGUCGGGGGUGAAGAGGACGCACUCGAUCCUUGUCGGGCUUCCUCGGAGAAAACCUUGACCCUGACGAGAAAAACUUCGCCUCAAGGAAAGAAAAAACUCUGUGUCCUCCCGCUAACAGGACUUUCAACCAAGACAGCCAUUCGUACACAAGAGACCAACGAAGUCUCAAACAAAAGUUUGGAGACGGUCGCCAAUAAAAACAAUUCACAACAUUGCGUUGAUGGUAAAUCUAAGGGAGAUAACGACAAAUUCAAAAAUAACGAACUCGCCUCCCCUGAUGAAGAGUCCAACGUCACCCUGCGCGUCAAAACACCGGAAGUCGUCACAACCGCGUUCAACCACGCGUCACUCAACAACAUGAAAACACCGGAAAGCGCGCGACAAAUCACCACGCCCCGGCAAGAAAUCGUCAGCACGGCGGACAUCUUGCAAGAACAUCACAACCGUGGCUCUCUCCACCCGUUCCGCACCAGCCGAAUGUUAUUCAUUAUCUCCCUUGUGUUCGUCAUCAGUUUCCUCCCCUUCUUCAUUAUCGCCCUUGUACGUUCUUCCAUUGGGUCGAGCUUUGCAUCAACUCUGAGCGACACCGAGUUAUGUCUGGUCAGUAUCUUCAUCCGGUCCUCGCUACUUAGCAACGCCGUUAAUCCUAUAAUCUACGGGCUGCUAAGCUCCCACUUUAGGAAGGAGUGCAGUGGCCUGCUUCGGUGUCUAAGACACGAAUAGACGGUCAAAUUA